AUGCCGUCUGUGGCGGACGUGACACCGGAUCCGAAAGUAUUGAGUGCAGCGAGAAUGAAUGCUGGCUUCGACAAAGAGGCGGCAUUUGCAGCCAUCGCUCCCGGCGCAAAGAGCAUGGCGGGAGGAUAUUCAGUGGGUGCGUUGAAGAAGAUGUUGUGGAUAGUGUGGUCUGAAGGCACAUAA